AAAUCAAAACUGAAAGCUUGUUAACCGUAGAGGAGGUUCCUCUGUACUUGCAAAGACAAACUUAGAUUUUGGCAGUUUUCUUUGAUCUUUGAAGCAAAUGAGAGCACUAAUCUGAGAAGGAGUGCAGUCCAAGAGGGUAUCUCAAACCCCAUUUCUACCAAUUCUUCGUUUUGUUGACUUUUUAGCUUCUUUCCAAGUGAAGUUCUUCCUCUAUUUAGCUGUUGCUCUUCAUAUUAUUUUUAUUAAAAAGUUUUGGUAGGAGGAUGUCAAAAUCUGGAGCAUUGGAUCUUGUUUCUGGGGUUGGUGGAAGCAUUGAGAGAAAGGAAGUAUUCUCGGCUGUUCAAAAGUAUGAAAAGUAUCAUGUUUGUCAUGGAGGAGAUGAUGAAGAGAGGAAAGCUAACUACACAGAUAUGGUUAACAAUUAUUAUGAUCUUGUGACAAGUUUUUAUGAAUAUGGUUGGGGUGAAUCUUUCCAUUUUGCACCAAGAUGGAAAGGGGAAUCACUUCGAGAGAGCAUCAAGAGGCAUGAACACUUUCUUGCUUUGCAACUUGGUUUGAAGAAAGGGCAGAAGGUAUUAGAUGUGGGCUGUGGAAUUGGUGGGCCACUAAGAGAAAUUGCUAGAUUUAGUGAUACAUUGCUUACAGGGUUAAACAACAAUGAAUAUCAAAUAUCAAGAGGAGAGGAACUGAAUCGCAUCAGAGGAGUUGACAAUAGUUGCACUUAUGUGAAGGCUGACUUCAUGAGGAUGCCUUUCUCUGACAGUACUUUUGAUGCAAUAUUUGCCAUAGAAGCCACUUGUCAUGCACCCGAUCUGCUUAAUUGCUACAAAGAAAUAUACAGAGUGUUGAAACCUGGCCAGUGCUUUGCUGCUUAUGAAUGGUGCGUUACCAAUUCAUUUGAUCCCAUGAACCAAGAGCAUCAAAGAAUUAAGGGUGAAGUUGAACUGGGAAAUGGACUUCCUGACAUCAGAUCAAUGGGACAGUGUCUAGAAGCUCUGAAACUUGCUGGAUUUGAGGUCAUAUGUGAGAAAGAUGUUGCUGUGGACUCACCUCUCCCUUGGCACUUACCCCUGGAUAAAGAUUAUUUCUCACCAAGUAACUUCCGAGUUACAGCUUUUGGACGUUUUGUCACUAGAAAUAUGGUCAAAAUAUUGGAGUUUUUGGGACUUGCUCCAGAAGGUAGUCAAAGAGUACAGCAUUUUCUAGAGAAAGCAGCAGAUGCUCUUGUUGAAGGUGGAAGGAAGGGGAUCUUCACGCCAAUGUAUUUCUUCUUGGCUCGCAAACCCAUCCCCUGAUGCCUAGCAGCUUCAAACAACUUCUGAGUGAUGAAAGUGCUAUUCCUUUUUCCUGCACGUCCUGAUCUAGUGUAUUGGAGACAAAUGUUGGCAAAGAAAAAAAAAAAAAAACAAAUUGGUUUACAUUUUUCCACAAUAGUUCCUGGAAAGAACAAAUGCUGUGAAGACAUUACUAAAUUGAUUUAAAUUGUUUCAUCCUUUCAGUGGGCAACAAAAGCUGAAGCUGUAAUGAGUUUAAUUCCUUAGUACACCCUUUGCCUUCGAAUGAAAGUUGCAGAUACCACAUUCCAUUGAA